AUGCCCUCAACGGCGGGCUUUGCUACGCUAGACCGUCGCGACAACAGUAGCGCCGAACUUCCAAGCCGCCUGAUAGUCCAACUUCAAGACACAUGGUUCGAGAGUAUUGCUGUUCGCCCAAACGGCAACCUCUUACUCACUACAGUUUUGCCCAAUGCGACUCUUUAUGAGGUGUCACACUUGGACAGCAAUAGCCCCUCUAUUAAUCCCAUUUUCACGGUCGCCUCGAUCACAUCAUUUUCGGGCAUCUCUGAGAUUGGUGAGGAUAACUAUGCCAUUGCUGGGGGGAGCCUGGAGGGCUUGGACGGCAUCGAGGGCUCGUGGGGUGUGUGGACAGUCGACUUUACCCACAGUUGCCAGCCGCAGCUUAAGGAAGCUAUCCCAUUAACUGGUGCCCGAUUUCUCAACGGCCUUUCGUCUGUGCCCGGGUAUAAGGACUUGGCUCUCAUUGCUGAUUCCACAAAUGGCGUUGUCUACCAUGUAAAUGUGACAAGCGGCGACACCAAAAUAAGCCAAAGCUUUGACGAAAUGAAGGCAACGGCAGGAAAUCCCUUUGGCAUCGGCCUAAAUGGGUUGCAUAUGCACAAAGGCUACCUCUACUUCACGAACCUUUCUACGCAUACAUUCUACAGGGUCAAGGCAAAUAGCGACGGCACUACUGCCGACGGCAGCCAAGUAGAAAUUGUGGCGACAAUUGCGUCAGAGACGUUGGACGACUUUGCCUUUGGUCCUGGCGAGGAGGACACGGCUUGGUUGGCAACAAACACGGAUGGCUCAAUCGUGGCAGCGAGUUUGGCGGGUGAAAUGCGGGUGGUGGCGGGCGGCGCGAACUCGACCACUAUCCCAGGUGAUACAUCUUGCCAGUUCGGACGAAGCGCUACUGAUACAAACGUGCUCUAUGUGGCUACAAGCGAAGGAAAGGUGCAGGCUUUUGAUACCAGCAAAUUUAGUUAG